CAUUUAUAUGUGAGAUAACAUGCAACAUUAUAGUAUGACGCAAAAUAGCCCCCACAAGAAAAGAAGUAAUAAUAUCUGUUAUGUUCUGUGUGAAAUGAAAUGAUGAGGAACACUCUGGUAGCAGGGCUGUAAAGGAAGAAGCAGUGAGCAAAAAGCAAAGCGAAAAAAGUGAUGAUUCCCGGAACCAAUGUUGGCGCUACAACGGACACGAUGAUCAUCGCUUCUUUUUUGUUUUUCCCACUUUACUUUGCCAACAAAACCCUUCCCACUCCUCUCCAACUAAUUAAUGCAAUCGCCAUUAACGCCAAUGCCGGAAAUCACCGUCGAUUUCCGCGCUCCGCCGCCCUCUCCGGUGGCCUCUGGCCGGAGAUCCACCGUCACCAACGACGACGUUUUGACGGAGUUUUUAGAGGCCUCGCUCCGCGUCCCCGAUCUCGUCUUGCCUGACAAGAUCUUCCCCAAACAGAAGCAGCUCGAAGCGCCUCCCGAGGUUGACUUCGUCUCCCUCUGCUUCCACUGCGACGACGCUCUUCGUGACGUCGUUUCCGACUCGCUCGCCAGACUCGGAUGCUUCCAGCUGCUCAACCACGGGAUUCCACUACAGCUCAUGGCCGCAGUCGCUGAGGCCGCCGGUGGAAUCUUUGAAGUGCCGCCGACGAAUAGAGCGUCGGCCACAAGGUCGCCAGAGAAGCCCUGGGGAUUCGAGGAGUAUCACGCGGGAGAGGAAGUUGGAGAUGGGAGUGAAGAAUUCGUGUGGUGCAAUGACAACGAGUUAAACUCAAAAAUGGAGGGAAUUUGGCCAAUUGGAUAUCCAAAUUUCAGUGAGAAGAUAGAAAAGCUUAAAUCACGCAUAGAGAUGGUGGGUAGGAAAAUGUUGCCUGUGAUAUUGGAAAAGGGGAGGAUAGAAUUUGUGGGUGGGCAUGAUGAGGUUGGGACACUUUGCUGCGUUUACAAGCAUCGACGAGAUAAUAGCGUUAGCAGCUCCCUGAAAUAUGACGUGAUUAGAAUGCUGAUUAGGGGAACUGAUUACUCACAUUCAUUCUGCUUCCAUGUUUGUAAUGGAUCUUCACACUUUCACCUUUACUCCAAGAAAACUUGGCUCUCUUUCUGCCCUCAGCCAGCUGCCCUUAUUGUCACCGCUGGAGAUCAAACCCAGAUAUUGAGUGGUGGACUGUACAAGCACGUGAUUGGAAGGCCAAUCUUUAAAGGAGAGAAAGAAGAGAGCAUUUCAAUGGCUUUCCUCUAUUCUACUCAAACAACGAAGAACAAUUUUCAAACCAGUAGGGGAAGAACUAUUUCACUUUGCCAGCAAGCCAUCUUGGCUUUAAUUCUUCCCCUUGUGUACCAUGUCAUGAUUUUUUUCUACAAUAAACUUAAUUAAUGAAACGCAUAAUACACAUCCAUAGUAUACCUUGAGUUCACAAACACUUGUACACUUGCCGCCCAUAGGGUCCAUAAUUACAUCCCUUAUUACUUGUUCACAAACAUGGGACACUUGUACACCUUUACCAUGUUUGCCCCUUUCCGAGUGUUAAUACUUUUGCUUUAAUUUUACAAAUCGAGGUUAUUGUAACCAUUUUCACAAAACUACAGUGGAGGGUUUUAGUUUAUCUGGCAUUUCAUUUUGGUUUGGGCAAAUUUAAUUUUGUGAGUUUUAUAUAUAAUGUUUGGAUGCA